UGCCUUGCAGGCUUCAGUCAGUCCCGAGCAGUGAAGCAAAGAGGAGCUCCUCGCUGAGUUUAUGAUUAAACUGACUUCUCUUUCUCCAUUAUACUUUUAAAAAAAAAAAAUAUUUAUUUAUUUUUUGCUGUUCUGCAUUUUUAAAUAUAUAUAUAUAUUUUUUAAAUUCUUUUGUUGACAUUUUAGUUGUUGUGCGGCGAAGUGGGAGCCCGCUCGCCGAUUUUGUAAUGCUGAAAUCUGAGCGAAAGGAACCCGGGCGGGUGAAGAAGCGAUGGAGAAGGCACAUGGGCGAAGGGCAGGGCUGAUGAUCUUUGCAACCGAGCCGUCGAGAGCAAUGAAGAGACUGAAGGGGUUCUAAGAAGAAAGAAAGAGAGAAAAAAAAAAAGCAUCGCUGAUCGCAUUCAUUCAAGUUUUGUGUGUGUGUGUGUCUGUGUGCGCGCGUGUGUGUGCGUGUGUGUGGAUAGGAGUGGGGGACCACAUCCGAAGCCCUCCUCGCGCCUAAAAUGUUGCGUUUGACAGCUUUGAGCCUCCUGGGGUGGACUUUAUUCAUGUGCAAAGUGAGCACGACUGCUGCACAGGACAAGGGGGGCUACUUGGUGGCCGCUCCGUCGGUGUUCCGAGCGGGCGUCGAGGAGAGCAUCAGCGUGACCAUCUUCAAUGCCAAAGCGGAGACUCGUGUGCAGGUCCAGUUGUCCGUGAAGGGACAGGCAGUGGCCCACAGCCACGGCUCCGUGCUUGAUAAAGGCACCAUCAAGCUGAAGGUUCCCUCUGGGCUGAGAGGCCAGGCCCACCUGAAGCUGUGGGGGAACCGUCACCUCACAGAGGGGGGCUACAUCUUCCACAACCACACCACAGUCACGGUGGAGAGCAAGGGCACAGCUGUUUUCAUCCAGACCGACAAGCCCGUCUACAAGCCCAAACACAAAGUGCUCAUCACAGUCUACACAGUCACGCCUGACUUGAGGCCAGUUAAUGACAAGAUGGAGGCAUACAUUUUGGAUCCAAGGGGAUCCAGGAUGGUGCAGUGGAAGGGUCUCAAAUCUAUCUGCUGUGGGAUUGUCAACAUGAGUUUCCCUCUGUCCGACCAGCCCGUGUUUGGAGAGUGGUUUAUCUUUGUGGAUAUGCAGGGUCACACAUACAACAAAUCAUUUGAAGUGCAGAAAUACGUCAUACCCAAAUUUGAAUUAACAAUCGAUCCGCCCCGCUACAUCCGUGACCUGAACACAUGCGAGCAGGCCACUGUCCGGGCUCGGUACACAUUCGGAAAAGCGGUAUCAGGGAAGUUGAGCGUGAACAUGACAGUGAAUGGAGUGGGCUACUACUGUCACGAGAUGGGCCAUCCUGUGAUCAAGAACAUGGAGAUGAAAGGCUCCGCAAACUUUAGCCUCUGCGUCAAAGACAUGAUGCCCGCAGAUGUGGCCGACCACUUCAGGGGCACUGUGAGCAUCUGGGCUUCGCUCACCAGCACGGACGGAAGCAGGCAAACCACCUUUGACGAUUCCACGCCGGUCCAUAAGCAGCUUAUUGACAUUAGGUACUCCAAGGACACACGGAAACAGUUCAAGCCAGGUCUGCCUUACAAAGGGAAGAUUGAGGUGACCUACCCUGAUGGGAGCCCUGCUGAUGGCGUGAGGGUGCGUGUGAAGGCUGAGUUGAGCCCCAAAGACAACGUCUACACGAGUGAAUUGAUCUCCAAGGACGGUCAGGCCACCUUUGAGAUCCCCUCCAUCCCAACCGCAGCACAGUAUGUGUGGCUCGAGACAAAGGUGACGUCCAUAGAAGGCAAGGCAGUUGGAGAUCAGUAUCUGCCCAGCUACUUGUCCAUCAGCAGUUGGUACUCUCCCAGCAGAUGUCACAUCCAGAUCCAGAACCCCAGCACCCCGCUCAAGGUCGGCCAAGAGGCUGAAGUGGCGCUCAAAUCCACGUGUCCCUGUAACUUCACCCUGCACUACGAGGUGGCGUCGAGGGGGAACAUCAUCCUCUCGGGCCAGCAGCCCGCCAACCUCACGGCCUUGCACCGAAGGAAACGAGCCACGGUCACCUUCGAGAAAAACAUUCACACCACCCACUCGCCUGUGUCUGCCUCAGGCUCGUCUUCGCAAAUGGAGAUGGACAGCUGUGUGUCGUACCUGCGCUUCACUGUCACUCACACCAUGGCGCCACUCAGCCGUCUGCUCGUCUACUACGUGCGGGAGAACGGCGAGGGCAUCACGGACAGUCUGCAAAUCCCCAUCCAACCCGCCUUCGAGAACAAGGUGUCUCUUUCCUUGUCCACCAAUGAGUCCAUGCCAGGUGACCCUGUGAGCUUGCAUGUCCGUGCCGAGAGGGGCUCCUGUGUCUGUGUGGCCACUGUGGACAAAAGCCUUUACUUGUUGAAGCCGGAUUUCCAGCUCAGUCCAGACAAGGUGUUCAAAGAGCUGUCAGACUUCGACGUGUCCGAUGCUUUUGGCGUUCAGAAAGACGAUGGACACCUUUGGUGGCCCGGGCUGUCGUCAAAGAGACGCCGACGUUCCUCGGUUUUUCCGUGGCACUGGGACAUCACCAAGGAUGCGCGCUUUGCUUUCACAGAAACGGGGCUCGUCGUGAUGACAGACAUGGUGAGUUUGAACCACCGGCAGAGUGAGGGGAUGUAUACCGACGAGGCCAUCCCCGCUUUUCAGCCGCAUAGUGCCACCCUGGUUGCCGCCAUGCAUUCUCGUUCAGCUGUCAGAACAGAGAAGCGCAGGCGAACAUUCUUCCCGGAGACGUGGGUGUGGCACUGCCUCAACGUCAGUGCCGAAACAGGCGAAGCGGUGCUGCGACUGGACGUGCCAGACUCCAUCACCACGUGGGUCACGGAGGCCGUCGGCCUGUCCAAAGACAAGGGGCUGGGCUUGGCCACGAGAGCGGAGCUUCGUACCUUCAAGCCUUUCUUUGUGGACUUCACCUUGCCUUAUAGCUUGAUCCGAGGGGAGCAAACCAAAGUUCCCCUGACCGUCUACAACUAUCUGCCGUCGUGUGCUGAGGUUCACAUUAAAGUGUCAGUUCCUAAGGGCAUCAAGUUUAUUGGUCAUCCUGGCAAGCACCACCUUACCAGGAAGAAGUGCGUGGCUCCAGGAGAGGCCACACCAACCACCAUCGUGUUGGCUUUCAGUGAACUGGGUCCCGCAAACAUCACAGCCCGGGCCAUCGCUUACAGUGAAACAAGCUGCUGCUCAGACUCACUACAGUCGGGCAAAACAGGAAAUGACGUGGAGGAAAGAAGGUCACCAUCUGGCCACGACUUUGUGCGUAGGACUGUCUUUGUGGAGCCAGAAGGCCUUUCUAGAGAAUAUACCUAUAGUGUCUUCUUCUGUCCCAAUGAGAGAAUCCACAUUUCGACCCCCAACAAGUACGAGUAUCAGUACGUCAAAAAGCCAGCCAAAAUGAGCCAGUUCCAGGUGGCCGUAAAGACGCACAGCGACGCCCAUUUCGCCCUCUCGCCCAUGCCGCAUGACAGUGCAGAGAUGAUUGAGAUUGUGCUGGGGGGCCGGCAGAACACUCGCUCCUGGAUCUCCUUGGGCAAGAUGGGCGAGCCGCUCGUCAGUGUCCCCACGCCGGGCAUCAUCUCCUGGGAUGAGUUCCGCAGCUUCUGGAUCGUCUGGAAGGGAGGUCUGGUGCAGGUGGGCCAUGGUUUACAUCCAUCCAAUGCAUCAAUAAUCCUUCAGUGGUCCGGCACAACCCCUUUACAGGUACGACACAUAGGCUUCUCCACAGGGUGGGGCUCGGUUGGGGAGUUUAAGAUCUGGAGGAAGGAAGACUCGGAUGAGAACCACAACGAGGCCUUCACUCUGGGGGUCCCGCACAACAUGGUGCCUGGAUCUGAGCGAGCCUCCGCAUUAAUGAUCGGGGAUGUGAUGGGGCCCACGUUGAACAACCUGGACAAGCUGCUGCGACUGCCGUUCGGGUGCGGGGAGCAGAACAUGAUCCACUUUGCGCCCAACGUCUUCGUGCUCAAGUACCUGCAGAAGACCCAGCAGCUCAGCCUCGAGGUGGAGAAUGAGGCUACCGAUUACCUCUUGCAAGGUUACCAGAGACAACUGACCUACAAACGUCAGGAUGGCUCCUACAGUGCUUUCGGAGAGAGGGAUUCCUCAGGAAGUAUGUGGUUGACAGCGUUCGUGCUCAAGUCCUUCGCCCAGUCGCGGGGCUUCAUCUUUAUUGACCCCGAGGAGCUGCGAGCGGCUAAGUCGUGGCUCAUCAGGCACCAGAGAGACGACGGCUCCUUCCCGGCCAUGGGGCGGAUUCUGAAUAAAGACCUGCAGGGUGGGACCCACGGGAAGAUUUCUCUGACGGCUUAUGUGGUGGCAGCGCUUUUGGAGACGGGGAUAUCAACUGAUGAAGAGAAGGUGGCAGUGACCAAAGCCAAGGACUUCCUGGAGACCAACACCUACUCCGCUGACGACCCUUACACUACUGCCCUGUGCGCGUACGCUUUGGCGCUGCUCCGCAGCGCCUUUGCCCCCCUCGUUCUGCGCCGCCUCAACCACAUGGCCAUUAUGCAAGAUGGACUCACCCACUGGAGCCUGACUGGAAGCACGAUGACGGACGAAGACACUUUCAUGGGCUUCAGCGACGGCCUUUCCCAGUCAGUGGUGUCGGCAGAGGUGGAGAUGACGGCCUACGGUCUUCUAACCUACACUCUCCUCGGAGAUGUGGCUUCAGCCCUGCCCGUGGUCAAAUGGCUCUCCCAGCAGCGGAACGCCCUAGGCGGGUUCUCUUCUACACAGGACACGUGUGUGGCACUCCAAGCGUUGUCCGAGUACGCCAUCCUGUCCUACGUUGCGGGUGUCAACCUCACCAUCUCAUUGGCCUCCACCAACCUGGACUUCCAGGAGACCUUUGAGCUCAACAAGGACAACAAGAAACUCCUUCAGAGCGCCACGAUUCCCAGUAUUCCUACGGGCCUUUUUGUCAGCGCCAAGGGAGAAGGUUGCUGUCUCAUGCAGAUUGACGUUUCCUACAACGUACCCGACCCGGUAUCCAAGCCGGCUUUCCAGCUCAAGGUGGACCUCAAAGAGACGCCUCUUCCCUCCUCCUCCUCAUCAUCCUCCCGUCAUCCCUCCUCGCGACCACGCAGCCGUGCCGACAACCGCUCCGAGCUCAACCGCAAGCGUCGGGCGCCGAUCGACGACGACGACCCCGCGGCGCACCAAGACAAAAUGGACUUCCACAUCGCCUUGGAAGUCUGCGCCAGGUGGCUUCAUUCGGGCUCCUCUAACAUGGCCGUUAUAGAGGUCCCCAUGAUCUCCGGUUUCCGAGCAGAUGUUGAAAGCCUUGAGAGGCUGCUGAUGGACAAGCGUGUGGGUCUGAAGAGGUACGAGCUCAACGGCAGGAAAGUCUUGUUCUACUUCGAUGAGAUCCCCAGCCAGUGUAUGACUUGUGUGGCCUUCCGGGCUGUCAGGGAAUACAUCGUGGGCAAGACAGCGCCUGUUCCGGUUAAGAUCUACGACUACUACGAACCAGCCUUCGAGGCCACCCGCUUCUAUAACGUCAGCGAGAGCAGCCCGCUCGCCCGGGAGCUGUGCGACGGACCCACUUGCAACGAGGUGGAGAGUUCGUCCAAUCACUGGACAGGUUUCGUGCAGGCGAAUCAGUGCAACAACGUGUUUGGCUGCCUGGAGAUGGAACAGUUUGAACGCUGCACCUGCUACCGGGACUGCGGCUACGACGGGGAGCCCGUCUGCGGGUCCGACGGACAGGUCUACCAGAACCAGUGUCAGAUGGAGGUUUUCGCCUGCCGGAAUGGGACGCGCAUCAAGCAGAGCCCCGUGUCCCAGUGUCCUCACCUGGCUAUCAAGGCAGAGGACAAGCAACCAAUAACAAGCCAGGAGACUGAACAACCCUCAGUGCCUAUACACACGGGCGAGGAGGAGCAGGGCUCGAUGGCCGACGUAUCUUACUACUCUUACGAUUACGACCCGGACUCCGAGCCAUUCCUGGCUGACGCCGAGGCGCGGGACCCCAGUUUCGACGUUCCCCGAGCCGACCCGGACGCGGGCCAGAAGGUCCUCCUGCCCGCCGACGCGCAAAUCCCCACAGCGGCCGCGAGGAGCAGCCCCCAACGAUGAAAUGCCUGAGUGAAGCCAUCCCCACUUCCACUUUGUACAUUAUUUGUGAAUAUGCUAGGGAAUGAAAGCUAAGAGAGAAGCCCCAAAGGAAGCCACAUGAGCGUGUGUGUGUGUGUGUGUUUGUUUGUUCACUCUCCUCCUUACUUCACCAUAGCAUUUUUGUUAUUCACCGUACUGCCUUUAUAAUCAGUAGAAAAACAAAAAAGGAUAAUAAUCAAAUAUUUAUGUUUUUUUGUUUUGUAAUUACAGCUGACUUUAAGCUAAACUAUUGUGUUAUAUUUUCUAUCUGUGGUAUUUAUUUGUAGCUAGAGGUCAUAUUGUUACUUUUUGUCACUGCCUGCCCAUGCGCGUUGUCGUUAUGGUCCAAUCACUUCAGUUGUGCUGUUUUCUUUUUUUUUUUUAUUAUUAUUAUUAAUAGCCAUCUUUAAAGGAGAUAUAUUAUGGAAAAUUGACUUAAUUACUUAUAUACAAAUAGUUUAGACUCUGGAGUGCCUGCCUGCCCAUCAAGUGUGAUGGUCCAAAAAAUGGACACCUAGAAACAGUUUGAAAUUGUGAAAACAUAUAAUAUGUCUCCUUUAAUACAUUUAUUGGAAUGUUUGCUGGGAGAUAAGUCAUGCUUUACAAUGGGGAAUCCCAAACUUCACUAAAAUACACCAGGCUCGCGCUAAAGAACACAGAAUGCAUGAAUUUACUACCCAAAAAAAAAGUGUCAAAAAGCCAAGAUAUAGUGCGUGGGAGAUAAAUAUUGGACUAAGUUUGGGAAACCCCUACUUUACAGAAACAUAAGCUGAAACAUGAAGCACGGCAGAGAUUCAGAUUGAGUAUCUUUAAAGACAAAGGUGGUUUGACAGGCACCAGAAGUCCCUGGCGGACUUGAACCCCCCGCAACACACACGCAGAGUUUUGUUGUUGUUGUUUUUAAACCGGACUCACAACCAGAACCCUCAGAGAUGACUUCCCUUCCUUUCCACCUGCUUUGAGAUUUGAUUGUACAGUUCAUAAGCUACUUUGUUUAUGUUACAUUUUGAUUCAUGAAGCAAUCAAAGAAACAAAUAGAGAAGAAUGAAGUUUUUUUUUUUUCAAUUGCUGUAAAUGUUCUAAAUUGGAUGAUACAUAACCUGUAUUACAUAACAAAUAUUGAGAUUUUUAAAUAAAAUAAAGUUUUAAAAAAUGUCA